AUGACCAUGUAUGUGUAUUUCCAGAUGGACCCAACGGACAUGACCAAGGAGGUAACGCACGAGAUGGCUGUGUGCACUUAUGUGCGUCGGGAGACGUGUAUCCGGCUAUGGGGUGAAUCCCGUAGUGGAUCCUGGGUGGAUCCGUUGGCGAGCACGUCCUGUUUCAGGUUCUGUGCCGAAGUACUGGUGGACCGGCUUGCAGUGCUGUGGUACUUCUUCAUACCCCUGAAGCGUACCUGUUACCUUCCUUUCAUGCAUUUCCAUGACCUAAUUAUCAUAGUGAUGAUAGGCGUCUCCUACCGAUUCCCAUCGGACACGACGUCACUCGCGCGAUUCGUGAACAUGUCUCCAUUGGGCGCGCUGGUAGCCAACCGUGUCCAUGACGCCCUCUCAACCGACGCAAUAGUUGCGGUGAUCACAUACAAAUGGGACAUGUACGCUGGCAAGAUAUACAGGAGGCAGGCCAUGUAUUAUUGCUUCUUCAUGGCAUUGUACAUCACCACCACGACGAUCGGUUUGGAAUGGUACCCAAGCGUAGGCCGGCUGGCAGAUAUGUACGGCAGGAGAGGUGUAUGGAAUAUGCUGGCGUCGAAGAAUCCUGCUCUGCUGGUGAAGUUCUUGGAUGCCGUUGGUAUUGAGCGGCUUACCCAAGUAGCUAUGCAGAGGCGGGAUGAAAACCUUGAGCUGAUGCCGGAUAAAAAACUCGUGGUGUUCGGAUCGCAGGUAUGGACUUCAGGCUUCAACGCUUAUUGGAACUGGGUGGAGCUGUUCUCAAGUGUCAUGGUGGUGUUGGUGCUGCUGCUGCAACUCCUGGGUGUCGAGGAAGCCCGCUGGGUGAUGUCCGCAUGCACCAUGCUCCUGGGGAUCCGCAUGCUCCAGGUGGCAUCAGGUCUGGAGGGACCGGGCAUCUAUGUGCAGAUCAUUAUCCGCAUCAUCAAAGACCUGGGCCCCUUCCUGCUCAUUGUGGCGAUUACGCUGGCCACGUACUCCUUCGCAUUCCGGCAGUUCAUCGUAUACUACGAGCAGCAGGUAACUCCUCAGGGUUACGCAGAUGAUGCGGCCGGCGGCAUCGAAAGGGACGUGGGUGGCAAGGCGAAGUAUGUAUGGUACCUCCACGCAAUGAUCAUCAGCUUCUCGUUCUUCGUAUCCAUCAUCCUGCUGAACCUGCUCAUUGCGACCAUGUCCACUUCAUAUCAGGAAGUGCAGACACAUGCCAAGCAGGAGUGGAUGCAGCUCAAGGCAAAGCUGAUACUGGAUAUCGAAUAUGUCGUGCCCGAAUCUUUCUUCAAGAACCGCAACUUGUCCGCGCCCAAAUGGUUGUACGUGUUCAAGAAAAAGGACGGCAACACGCGUCAGGAGCAGCAGCACACGCCUCUGGACGCCGUCCGCUGCCUCCCUACCCGAAUGCAUCUCGGUCACUAG